AUGGAUCGAACUAAACAAAUACUGUUUGUAGUCUGCUUCACUAUGCAUUAUUUCCACCCGAGUGAAUGCGCAGUGGCUUCUGGCAUGAGAUUUGUCGAUCCAAACAGUUUGGGAAACCAGCAGAUCCUGAUCACCAGAACAAUUCCUGACUCACGUUUUGGAGUACAAGCGCGUGAACAAACACUUUCACCAACCGGUCAAACGCAACUGGUUCAACUGGUUCCUCAAUCCGUCUUGACAGCCCAGAGUUCUCCCCAAUUCAUCGAUCCAAACGGCUUUGUACUACCUCAGACAAUAACAUAUCCUACACAAUUAAACAGUCAAUCAACUUUUGCAUUAGGUACCAAUCCAACGCAAAAUAUUAUACCAGAUGCAAACGCAGAUACGACCAACGUUGAAGAAGUAUCAUCCCUAUCAAAUCCGGGAUUGGUUUCACCAGUUUCUUCGACAAUAAUUGGUAGUCCAAAUGACGGCGUAAUUGGUCCGAAUGGACAAAUUCUGGGAAGUGCGCAGGAUACCGCGGUCGUUGAUAGUGNCGGACAAAUGGGCGCUAGUCUACUUCACGGGAAAUUAUCCCAAGGCCUUACAUCGGAGAUCCCCGUGCAGUAUCGAAGCGACCAGAUCUUGCCGAGUCAGCAGGUUGUAUACACGUAUCCUCAUGUACAGGGCCAACAGUUCGCCAAUGUUCAACUGGCUUACGAUGCCUCGGGACGUGCUUACCUCGUACCGUUGUCCCAAGUCGUUAACUAG